AUGGACCACACAACAUCUUCUUCCCAUCGGGAUCACAAUAGCACCAGGAAGCGAUCGCGAUCUCCUCACGACAGACGCCAAAGCGAUGUAAAGCGCCACCGUUCGAGGUCGCCGCACCGCAAGCACCAUCAUCACCACCAUCACCGUCAUCGCGAAUCUCAAGUCGUAGUGCGCCUGCCAUUCAAGAGAGAGCCUCUGAAGAAGGACGAUCUUGCGGAUUACAAAGGGCUAUUCUCCGAGUACCUAGAUGUCCAAAAACAGAUCUUCAUUGACGAUCUGACGGAAGAUGAGGUCAAAGGCAGAUGRAAGAGCUUUCUCGGGAAGUGGAAUCGCAAGGAGCUUUCGGAGGGAUGGUAUGAUCCUGAGAUGAAAGCGAGGGCGGAUGAACGAUACCAGUCGCGACCCAAGGAUACAUUGCGCAAGCUUCCCACUCGGGAUGUACCAAGAGAGGCAGCAACACAGUCAGUGCCAACUGGCGAGGAUGAGGAUGAGGAAGAUGACGAUGAUGGCUAUGGACCUGCUCUUCCCGGCCGCGAGCAACGCCUAGGACCUUCAAUCCCCAGCAUACAAGACCUACAGCAUCGACAGGAAAUGGUCAAAGAGGAUCGAUCUGCCCAGAUCGCGGACCUUCGCUACGAGAGGAAACAGGAUCGCAACGUACAAAAGGAAAGACUAGAAGAGCUUGCACCGCGUGCUGAUCCUGGAUCGAGGGAACGUCAGAUGGAAAAGCGGCGUGAGACUACGGCUGCGAAUCGUGCAUUUGGAGAUGCAAAGGAAGCAGGAACGGAGGAAGUUGGCGAGGGCGAACUCAUGGGCGGCGAUGAUGGGAUCAAGGCGAAGAUCAAGGCUAAUGAGAAGGUCAAGAACGAGAGAGAGAUUCGGAAGGAGGAGACUCUGCGGGCGCGAGCUGCAGAGAGGGAGGAGAGGAUGGCUGCACACCGGAUGAAGGAAGACAAGACUAUGGAGAUGUUGAGGGGUUUAGCCAAGGAAAGGUUUGGUUGA